UCUUGGUAAGCAUAAAACAUAAAAAAAGCAUUCUUAUGCAAUUAAUUUAUUACACUGAUAGAUAACAAAAGACACCAAAAUGUUCCUCAUCAGCUUAUACAUGUGUGCAUGUCACAGUAACUGUUUACACAGCCGGAUUCAGCUGACCCUGCAGAGCGGGGUGUCCGAGGUGCAGUCCUGCAUGUUGGAGGAAGUGUAGGGCUACUAUGAGGAAGCUCUGUCCAUCAUAGCAACCACAGUGAGUUGGUUACGGUGACUCAGCAGCCGUCACACACGACCUGCUGCAGCUCAGCCCCGCAAUUAUUCUUUGAAAGAAUCUCCUGUUUCUGUCAAUGGGCUUUUAGUUAUGCCUCAGUUAGCAGAUGCUCCAUUCACCAGCUUCUUCCUGCCAAUUUAGAUGCUAAUUUGAAAAUAUCGCCUGUGCCCUUUAUCUUGAACUAGCAUUGCAGAAAACUUGCAUAAGCGUCAGGAUGUUAUUCUGAAUCUGUGACCUUCAUGAAACCAUCGAUAUAAAAUUGCAUUAUAUAAAUUUGCAGCUAUCAUUACAGAAUUUAAGCUCGAAUAUCUGAUCCAUUCCUCCACGAUAUCACACGGAUGUCUUGUUUUCUCACACAGCCAGAGGACUUCACAGAACUGGAGAUCAGAGCAUGGAAUGCAGGAAUUCUGCUCUACAGUCUGGCCCAGUAUCCCGAGGCUGAGAGGUGGUUUGGGCUGGGAAUGAGCUUCCUGAAGCACCUGGGCUCCCUGCAGGACAGCUAUCAGACUCAGAUGGCGGGUCUGUACAGUGAGGUGUUGGACAGGCUGGAUAAAGCAAAGAAGAAUCUCAUUACUGAAGAGCGAAUGAUGGCGUCUUCAGUCGCAGAUGGAAAUCUCAGGUCUAAUGGCACGUGUUUAAUAUAAAGUGUGAGUUUCCUUGCAUGUUUGUGAGAAGCUAAGAGAUGUACAGUGCAUCUGAGGGAUUGUUCGGAGUUAUGGAAGGUUAAGAAAAAUAGAAUGUCUUGUAUUCAUUUAAUCUGAAAUAUUUUUUGGCAGUAUUAUUUUAUUACCUGUCAUCCGGUUAUCUGUUUGAGCUUUUCUUGGGUGACUAGUUCAAAACAUCUGCAUUGCGAUACAAAACAAAUAAAAAUGCAUGCAUUGAAAUCGUAACAGAGUCACAUAGUUUAUUUCCAAACAAACUCUUGCCCAGUCCAAAGAAAAAAAAAACAAAAAAAAAAGUAAUAAUGAUAAUAAUCAGUAAGACUGUGUUCUCUCCUGACCAGGAUAUAAAAGAGCAGUUUUCCUUGUGUCCUGAUGGGUUGUACCACCUGUAAUCAUAGGGAGGACACUACUGUACAAUCAAAGGGUUCAUAUUUGCAAGCACUUACUGCACAAGUGUGCUAUCACAUCAAAAACUCAAUCACUCAAGACAAAUCUCUUCCCCAUUUCACACUCAUGCCCUCUGGAGCAGAGACCCUCAUUAGUACACCAGAACUGCUCUGAUUCAAUCCACUUCAUUAGAAAUAUAUAGUACAAUGAUUCUAAAUUCUUUGGGCUUCACCAACACGGCUGACUGGCAUCAACAGUGCGAACAGUCAGCUGCUUUCCACUCUUCACCUCAAGAGGACCAGAUCUAUGCUAAAAGGAGUCAUUUAUGCUCCUGAUUUACUUUAAUUUCACUCCAUGGGUUGCUGUCUGCACGUCUUAUAUAUAUAUAUAUUUGUAUUUUUACAUUAGUUUUUCAUCUAUACACUCAGACAAGUUCCACGAGAUAUCACAAAUAGACAGGCCGUAUUGUAUGGAAGCUGGUUCCCGACUUACUAAAAAAAUUGUUCUGAUAGGCAGCUGAAGAUAUAUUUUUUUUUCUAUAGAGAAAUACCAAUGUUACGGCACAUUUGUAUGGAAAUUAAUCUCUGAAUAAAUUCAAAAAGUUUACUUACCUGACAUUUGUGAUAUAUAAAACAUGUUUGUCCCAGUUGUGUCACACAUGCAUGAAGCACAAGUGAGGGGGAUAUUUACACUUUACAGCUAUCAUACCCAUUAAAACAGUCUGUAAGCAGUUUAUAAAUGGCUCUGUUCCCUUCGAUUAUUCCCUGAACUCUGGUUUUGACACGGGGUAUGACAGCUGAUUUCGCAGGGACACACGGCAGGUGAGCGCACCCGUUUAGAAAAUGCCUGGGCCCAGGAACUUCCCCUUGCUUUCUGCGGGAUCCAGACUUCUCAAUACAGAAACAAAGAAUCUUUGAAGGAAGAGAUCGAAGGAAGUACUGUUCUUCUGUUGUGAUCCUUUUCUCUCCGGCUGAACCCAAGGACGACCACAGACAUAGUGCUUACAAAGUAUUUCAAAUAAUAAUAAAAAAGGACUAAAUAUUUAAAAAUACAUAAAUAUAAUGUAUCGGCAUGUCUGGGUGUUCAGUUAGAGGAGAGAAAAUCAUCCCUUUGAAUUCAUACUCAAGGCCCUUUAGUUGCUUUAAAAAAAAAAAA